AAAGAAAGAGAAAGAAAAAGAAAGAAAAGAGUUGGUUUUGUUCUGUUUUGACUCUCUGCAACACAAACAAGUAUCAUUGAAUGUAACCAAAAAAAAACAAGUAUCAUUGAAGAUUCACAGUAGAGUGUGUGAUCAUGAAUGAUCAAAACAACUCCGAAGUUACUGAAAAGGGUAUAAAUGAUAAACCUGUUCGUGUUUAUGCUGAUGGAAUUUACGAUCUAUUUCACUUUGGUCAUGCUCGUUCUCUUGAACAAGCCAAAAAAUCGUUUCCAAACACUUAUCUCCUUGUUGGAUGUUGCAAUGAUGAAACCACUCACAAGUAUAAGGGUAAAACUGUUAUGACUGAGGCUGAACGCUAUGAGUCUCUUCGACACUGCAAGUGGGUUGACGAAGUUAUUCCAGAUGUGCCAUGGGUAAUCAAUCAGGAGUUCAUUGACAAGCAUAACAUCGACUAUGUAGCACAUGAUGCACUUCCUUAUGCUGAUACAAGUGGAGCUGGAAAGGAUGUCUAUGAAUUUGUUAAGGCUAUUGGAAAAUUUAAGGAAACAAAACGGACCGAAGGAAUUUCUACAUCUGAUAUCAUAAUGAGAAUCAUCAAAGAUUAUAACCAGUAUGUAAUGCGUAAUUUGGAUCGUGGUUAUUCAAGAAAGGAGCUAGGUGUUAGCUAUGUCAAGGAGAAAAGAUUGAGAAUGAACAUGGGACUUAAGAAAUUGCAGGAGAGAGUGAAGAAACAACAAGAGACCGUGGGAAAGAAGAUAGGAACAGUGAAAAAAAUUGCUGGCAUGAACCGAACUGAAUGGGUCGAAAAUGCUGAUCGAUUAGUUGCUGGAUUUCUUGAGAUGUUUGAAGAUGGAUGCCACAAAAUGGGAACGGCAAUCAGAGACAGAAUUCAAGAACAACUGAAGGCACAGCAGCUAAGAUCUCUUCUUUAUGAUGAGUGGGAUGAUGAUGAUGGUGACGACGAAUUCUAUGAUGAUGAAUCUGUAGAAUUCUACAGCGACUAAAGUGACAAAUAUGCAUGUUUAUUUCCAGAUUCUAAACCAAUCCUAAAGUUGUGUCGUUUGUGUAAUGCAAGUAUGUUUUAGACAAUAUUUUCCUUUCUACAUAGUUUGAUAUCUAUUUCUUGUAAGAGAUAUUCCGUGUAUCCUAACGAGGAUACAACUAUUGCACGGUGCAACAUCUGUAGAGAGUUUAAAUUCGAGGAGACAUGGUCGAGUUCCAACGUAGAUUCUCCGCAACAGUGCAGUCUGUCCAACCGAAUGCUUACCUUUGGAUUUGCAUUGUACCUUGAUUUAAAAACAAAUUUGAUCACAUUGGCUGUGCGGUUGUAGAUGAUUCGAGUUGGAUAUGUAUCGAAUUCGACUUGUGUCAUGGAAGAUCAUGACUAUAAAAUGUUAGAAGAUGUUUGUUUGGUAUUUUAAGUGAAAGUCAUAUAAAGUCCAAAAGGAAUAGAUAAGUGUUUCCAAUGUAAAACAUUUAUAUUUUAUUUAUACUAUCUUCACUCUUAUAUA